CUUUCGGACAUCUUGGCGAAAAGCGUCAGCAUCGGCCCCUCCCACGCCGAUGGCUGACGCCAGCCGCGAUGUACUGCAACACCCAUACUUCAUCUUAUUGGUAUGCACCAUAUAAUCUCAACAACAUCAAUUUCGGACUUUAGAAAUGGCUUUCAGUAUAAAUACUGUGGGAGAUUCCCACUUGACUAAACGUAUCAUCCUCAACAUUCACAAUCAAGAACAACUACACACAAACACACUAUAAAACACAACUUGAGUCUUAUAAGCAAUCAAUUCAAUCAUCAUGUCUCCUCACUCUGCUUCAACCACCACCAACGACCUCGUCAACGAGUAUGCCGACAUCAUCAAGGGCAAAACAAUCCUCACGACUGGUGUCACACCCAACAGUCUCGGCGCCACCUUCAUCCUAGAAACCGCCUCCAAAUCCCCAUCUCUUCUCAUCAUCGCAGGCCGCAACGCUUCCAAACUCCAAGAAAUGUCUGAAGCCAUCACCAAGACCAACCCAGCCGUCAAGACCCGUUCUCUUGUGGUAGAUCUUGGCUCUUUGGCUUCAGUGCGAAAGGCUGCUGAAGAGGUCAACAGCUGGAGUGAUGUGCCUAGCAUUGAUGUCGUUGUUAACAAUGCUGGAGUCAUGGCUAUUCCAUAUACCAAGAGUGCGGAUGGUUAUGAGAUGCAGUUUGCUAUUUGCCAUCUGGGGCAUUUUCUUUUGACGAACUUGAUUAUAGAUAAGAUUCUUGCUUCGGAGUCACCUCGUGUUGUCAAUAUCUCGAGCAAUGGUCACAGCCUUGGUCCUAUUCGCUUCGCUGAUCCUCACUUCAGUGACGGCGAGAUCUAUGACCAGUGGAGUGCCUACGGUCAAUCCAAGACUGCAAACAUGCUCUUUUCUGUAUCAUUGGCCCAAAAGCUAGGAAGCCGUGGUCUUGAAUCUUACAGCGUUCACCCAGGCCUCAUCCUCAUGGACGCUGAUCUCGGCACUUUUAUCAAAUCUCAUCGCGCACGAGGCAACUCUGAAGGAUGGACCGCUAUUCCCCCUGUUCCCGUCGAAGUCGGCGCUGCGACGCAUGCUUUCGCUGCUUUUGAACCCAAUAUCAAGGCGAGCAAUGGUGCUUAUCUUUUGGAAGCGAGGGUUUCUGAUCCUUUUGUUGAUACUGUCAAGGCUUGGGCGCGAGAUACCAUUGAGGCUGAAAAGUUGUGGAGGUUGAGUGAGGAGCUUGUUGGGCAGAAGUUUGGAUAUUGAUUGUUGCGAUGCGCUUUUUUGCGUCAAGGUAACAAGGAGUUUGAUUUAAAAUUAUAGACUGUAAUUAAAUGCUCGUUAUUGUCGCUUCAAUAUGUAUAUUUCACUUCUUAUUCUCUCGUCCUUUACCUUAGCUUGCGAUCUGCAUGUUUCUUCGUUCAGAUGUCGCUUGAAAGCGGAAGGCUGGAGAUGAACUUCUUUAAUGCAGAUUACCGCGCAAGAAAGAUACUUCUAUGGCUAUUUCACUCACUCACUUCCAUAUACAUAAAGUUAAGAGGAGUUUCUUCUUCGAAGUGGUUGUUAGGG